AAGCAUUCUACUAACUGAACUUCACUUGAUCCUCAAACUUCAUUUGUCUGACGAUGACUUGAACCUCGGUCUAAUAAUCAGAGAGAAAGCAUUUUACUUAGUGAACUUCACUUGAUCUUCAAAUUUUAGAGUUAUUUAAUUUGUGGUUGUUUACGAGUGUGGGGUCUUAGGAAAUGAAAGGAUAAUAAGAUUGGGUUGACCAAAAUGAAUAAGAAUUUCUUUUAAUUUCAAAAGUUCUCUUGAAAUUGAAUCAUUUUCAAAAGUUUCCUUAUGAUCGAAAGUUAAUAAAUCAAGAAUGGCCCCAAAUGUUUCAAGUGCAUUGCAAGUGGAGAGACAUGGAGUGGUGUGUGUCGAUGCCCAAAAUUGAACUCCACGCGCAUCUCAAUGGCUCAAUCAGAGACUCCACGCUGCUGGAGCUUGCCAGAGAACUAGGCGAGAAGGGUGCUAUAGUUUUCUCAGACGUUGAGCAUGUUAUUCUGAAAAGUGAUCGAUCUCUGAAUGAAGUAUUCAAGUUGUUUGAUUUGAUUCAUAUUAUUACAACUGACCACAAAACUGUUGCGAGGAUAACCAAAGAGGUUAUUGAGGAUUUUGCUGCAGACAAUGUCAUUUACCUGGAAUUGAGGACGACUCCAAAGAGGAAUGAUUCUAAAGGUAUGAGCAAGCGCUCGUACAUGGAAGCAGUUCUUGAGGGCAUAAGAUCUGUCAAUUCAGUUGAGGUAGAUCUUUCUGGUAAACUGAAGACAGAUGCUUCUGCACAUCCUCAUUCGGUGGAUGGUUUAUGCAAUGGAAUUGGAAGCAAGAAGAUAUAUGUGAGGCUACUUCUUAGUAUUGACCGUCGUGAGACUGCUGAAGCUGCUAUGGAAACUGUGAGCAGUCUAUAUGACCAGACGAAGCUCCAGGUUAUAAAUUGUUUUGGAUCUAGAGACCUUAGUGAUUGUUACCUAUUUUUGAAGGUGGAACUUGCUGUGGAUCUCAAAGAUUUUGGAGUAGUGGGAAUAGAUCUUUCUGGCAACCCUAAUGUUGGGCAAUGGAUGACAUUUUUACCAGCGUUAGAGUUUGCUAAAAAGCAAGGACUUCCAAUUACCUUACAUUGUGGCGAGGUGCCCAAUUCAGUUGAAAUCCGUGCAAUGCUAGAUUUUCUUCCCGGGAGAAUCGGGCAUGCUUGUUGCUUUGAAGAUGAAGAGUGGAAGCUUUUGCAAAGGCUUGAAAUUCCAGUGGAGAUCUGUUUGACAUCCAACAUUAAAACUGAAACAAUUGCUUCUGCAGAUGUUCACCACUUUGCUGAUCUAUAUAAAUCAAACCAUCCUCUAGUUUUGUGCACGGAUGAUUGCGGGGUCUUCUCUACCAGUCUAUCUGCUGAGUAUGCCCUUGCCUCAUCUGCAUUUGAUCUUGGAGAGAGGGAGAUGUUCCAGCUGGCACAAAAAGCCAUAGACUUCAUUUUUGCAAGUGGGGGAGUGAAGGAAGAUUUGAAGACCACAUUUGCCUCAGCUCUCACCAAACUCAACUUAUAAUCUGCUAGUUUCAAACAUUCUUUACAAAUUUGAACUCCACAUCUCUGUUGAAGAAAUUAGACGUCCCUUUAAAGUUACCCCCAUAUUUCAGAUUAUUAAAUUAUCCACCACUUUAACUGAAA